UUUGAUGGGAAGUUAUGAUGUCAGCAAAACAACAACAUGUCUAUUGGACUGAAAUUAUCUUUGACGUCCUGUGGCGUCACUAUUGAAAAAAAACACAACAAACUUCAUUCUGUAAAAGAAGACAACUCCUGAAAUGGAUCACCGGAAGCGGGGGUUGUAGGCCUAUGUUUCGCAAGUAAAAACUGACAAGGAUGAAUGGCAGGACUAAAAUAAACACCUCAAAACAAGGACCAGCGCCCUCACUCGGAACAGCACUACAUUUUGUUCGGAUACUUAUUCCCGUAUACACCGGUAACCAGUGACCGUGGUAUGGAUACGGAUGGAUGGAUGGAUGCAGCGUAGAUGCACAGUGCAGCGUGCCAUCCAUCACGUACGGAGCAUCCCUCGUCAUGCAGCAGACAGUUAGUGGGUGUACUCUCUGUUUUUUGUUAUCCGUAUCCGGCGGCGAUUGUCGUUUCUCCUACACCAGCUCCCAGCAUCCACCAUCUCCAGCUUUAAUACCAGACUGUUUAAUACACAAGCAUCAUGGAGACCUGGCUGAUCUUAUCCCUAACGGCAGUUAUCUACAUCAUCGUAGUCAAGUUUCUAGGUUUGAUUGAGAGGGCCGAGUCGCCCGCGAUUUACCAUGCAAAUUCCACAUUUGUUCACCGCCUCCUUGAGGCAUGCCCCAUGUUGAAAGAGCCGUAUGUGCCUACUUUCCUAUGGGGCAAGUCAGGCCACCUACAGACUGCCACCUAUGCAAAGGUCGGAAGGUUCAACGCACCGAGACCUGUUGGAGAACGCUUUAGUUACAUUAUGCCGGAUGGAGCCACCUGCACCUUUGAUGUGUUUGAGCCAACUGCCAGCCAUCCCUCUGGAGAGGAUUAUACAGUAUGUGUAGUGCCAGGGAUUGCCAACAACAGCGAGAAAGCUUACAUCAGAACAUUUGUAGAUUAUGCACAAUCGAAUGGUUUCCGGUUAGCAGUCCUCAAUCAUCUAGGAUCACUACCUAAUGUGCCUUUGACGUCUCCACGGAUUUUUACUUACGGAGACACGGAGGAGUAUAGUGUAAUGGUAGACCACAUGAGAGAGAAGUUUCCACACAGUGGUUUCAUCAGUGUAGGAUUCAGCAUGGGAGCUAAUAUCAUCGUUAAGUACCUGGGGGAGGAACCAAAGAGGCAGAACAUGUUCCUGUGUGGGGUGUCUGUCUGCCAGGGAUACGACAUUACAAAAGCAACGGAUGUACUACAUGAAUGGGAGAACUGCCGACGUCUCUAUAACUUCAUGAUGGCUCAGAAUAUGUUGAUGCAGAUACGACGCAACAGCAGCAUGUUGUUUGGUGACCAGGCUCGCACCUACUGGAGGUCAAGAAACAAGGAACCAAUCACGUAUAACGUGGACAAAAUCAUGAAUUCUACUAGUUUGGUUCACCUGGAUGAACAUCUGACGCACAAAAUGAUUCGCAGUAGGAGCUGUGAAGACUUUUAUAAAGAAUGCAGUUGCGCAAGUCACAUCAAAAAGAUUCAUCUACCACUGUUGCUCCUCAACGCAGGGGAUGACCACUUGAUUCCAAAAAAGUAUAACCUCACCCCGCACGAGUACGCAAAAGAAGCGCCCAACGCCCUGUACGUCCUGACCAAACACGGCGGCCAUCUUGGAUUCUUUGAAGGAGGCCUCCUGGUGCCAAACACGGUGUCUUGGAUGGAUAAGGCGGUAAUCAGUUACACAAACGCAGUCAUAGAGACGCGAAAACUAAGUCAGGCAGAUAUGUGAUGUGUGUGUGAUUUUUAUUACUUUGAACUUUUGCAAAAUGUAUCUCCGUACUUUUCAGAGACUGAGCAGCUCGACCAAAUGAGGGUAAAAGUCUCCAUUCGGAAUAAAUUUGUGGAAAAACAUAUCUUUCCUGAAAAAUAAGUUCACAAUUUAUCAAAUUUGACAAUUUAAAAUUCACCAAUACCUUGUUAUAUGUACAUGGUACAUGUAUACAUAAUGUUCAAAACGCACAUGGUGUAAAUUGGAGCCCUCUCCACCACUAGCCAGUAAUUUUAGCAUAGGGGUAGUAAACCCACACUGGGUGUACAGGGUUUUGAUAGGGGCAUUACUUGUAGACGUGCGGCUUAAAAACCCAUCCUAAUGAUGAAGCAAUAAUUGUUAAAUGUCUUGCUUAAGGACACGUGAGGUCCGAGACUCGAAUCCACACUCUGCUGAUCAGAAACACAAGAGCUCGAGUCUACACACGCUUGGCCUCGAUACACCACACCCAUUAUUGUAACUGAAUUUCGUAAGCAGUCAGAAAUUUACUGGCUCAUGGAGCAAGUAAAAUGGAUGGGUGGGGGAUGGUGUGUGGUGAUGAACAAUUUUCAAUCUUCAUCAAGGGUCUUCUUUCUCUCAACUUUAGAGGAAAAAAUUGUUUGCGUCAGUACAAUAAAAUAUAAAAAUUGUCACUUGAUGAAAACCAUGUCUUUAGUUCAGUUUAAAAAAAGUGAAACAAAUUUAAAAGUUUUCUUAUAAGACAAGAUUUAUUUUUUGCAAUGUCGUUGAUUUAAAAUGGUUGCCUAAUCUCAUACAUGUAUUUAUACCAAAUGGUUCAUUUACUUCACAGCCAAAUUAACGGAGUAGUGCCACAAGAACAUGUAUAGCAAGUUUUGUCAAAUUCAAAGUUAUUUUUAUAAAAUCAAUCUGCAAGGUUUUCUUGAGCUUGAUGGAUUCAGGACUGCAGUUUAAAGUCAACAGAACUUUGCAAACGAGCCAACAGCUACCGGGCAAUCUCGGUGGUCUAGUUGGUUCGACUCUGCUCUAGAAUUGCAAGGGUCAUGGGAGCGAAUCCCACCCGAGUAAUAUGACUUAAUAAAACAUGCCUGUGAAUUUUUCCACAUGACUCGGGAAAGUACUGAGUAUACAGUGCUAACACACAUCGGUGAAAGGGUAAAACAAAAUUUUUAAAGCUUUAUCACACCUGAGGUUGUCUCAAAGCGCUCAAUAUUGUUUUUCUAUAAGGUAUGCAGAGCUGUGUUUGAAAUGUAAGACCAAUUUAUUUUCAAAGCACCAUAACAAUUUACAUGGUGUUGUGGCACAGCCUGCAGCCAACCACUGGGGCGAACCCCCUUCUCUUAAUGAUAAAGUGUAACUUGGCAUUACACAACACAUAGAACCAACGGCUUUCUGUCCCAUCCAAAGGAUGAUGAAGCAUGAAUGGUCAAGUGUCUUGCUUAAAGUUUCUAGACCAAGACUCCCAAACCCAUUUUUCAGAAAUUAACACCAGACCUCGAGACCAGUGUGCUUGACGACUCGGCCACGACACAAAUUAUGUACUUUAAAUUGUUGAACAGAAUGCAAUUCAUCUGCAGCUAGUUAGUUUAAUUGCCAAUUUUAACUGAUUACCUCCAUAUACUAUUAACGGCACUGAACACCUUCGGUAAUGAUUGUCAAAGAGCGGUAUUCUCACUUUAUGUACUCGUACAUGCAUAAAAUAACAGACCUUAGAAAUGUGGACUCAAUUGGUCAUCACCCUUGUUGCACAAAUUUGUGUG